CACACCCCGCCAGUCUCGAGGCCCGCUCCCCCACGCGCCAGAUCGAGCCCGACCCCGACCCCGACCCGCGCCAGAGCAGAGAGGUCCCCGUACGUAGCUCGCGCACGGCGGGAGGGGGGGAAGCCGGCUUCGCCGGAGGCGCGCGAUGGGGCUGGAGGCCGGCGAACCCAGCUCCUUCCUCAGCUUAUCUUCGGCCUUUUCAUAUGGAGUUGCGUCCAUGGCGAUGGUUUUCGUGAACAAAGCGGUUGUUAUGCAGUAUGUUCACUCCAUGACCCUCCUCACUUUACAGCAAUUAGCUACAGCGCUUUUCAUACAUUUCGGGCAAGUUCUUGGAAUGUCUAAAAGGAAAGAUCUCAGCAUGGCAACAGCAAAGAAGCUUUUUCCAGUGUCAAUUUUCUAUAAUGCAAAUGUCGCAUUUGCUCUGGCAAGCUUGAAAGGGGUUAACAUCCCAAUGUAUAUUGCCAUUAAGAGGCUCACACCCCUUGCCGUUUUGGUGUCUGGGUUCUUAAGGGGGAAGGGGAAACCACCAACACAGGUGUCGCUUUCAGUUGUCUGCACCGCCUUAGGUGUCCUUGUUGCAGCACUUGGAGAUUUUUCUUUUGACUUGUAUGGAUACAGUAUGGCUCUAAUAUCGGUCUUUUUCCAGACGAUGUAUUUGAUUCUGGUGGAGAAAUCAGGCGCAGAUGACGGCCUUUCCUCAAUGGAGUUGAUGUUUUAUAACAGCAUAUUGUCAAUUCCAUUUCUGUUUUUCAUCAUUGUUGCAACAGGAGAAUUUCCCCAUUCUCUUUCAGUCCUGUCAGAAAAGACAGCUUCUGCAUCAUUCAGUGUUAUUCUUCUAAUUUCACUGGUGAUGGGCAUCGUUCUCAACUACACCAUGUUCUGGUGUACAAUCGUAAACUCUGCCCUGACAACCACGAUAGUAGGAGUCCUCAAGGGCGUCGGGUCCACUACCCUGGGUUUCGUGGUGUUGGGAGGCGUCAAGGUGCACGCCCUCAAUGUCACCGGGCUGGUGAUCAACACGUUCGGCGGCGUGUGGUACUCGUACGCAAAGUACACGCUGAAGAAGAGACUGCCCCGGAAGGUUGAACCCGACGAAGAGUCGCAUCCGCACAAGUAGCAGCACCGGGGUCGGCGCUCCACAUAGCUUAUGUAGUCAUAUGGCAUUCUUGAAGGAAACAACAAUAAUUUUAUUUCUGGACGCCAUCCAUCAGCAGCACUAUUUGGCGUAGAGGAAGGCACAAACUUUAUUAUUAUUAUUAUUAUUAUUAUUAUUACUUCUACAGAUAGCACCGUGUGUUUAUCAGCACUAUAAGUCCAUAGGGGAGUGAACUCAGGGAAUCACGUAAUAACUGUAAUGUUCGGAUGAAUCAUUGUUACGCGGUACUGUACGUUUUCCCUAUCAGUUGGACUAGCGAGAUUAUCAGUGGGGUUUUACCCUGAAAGAUUCUUCAUUUGAAGAGAAA